ACUUCAACGAGACGAGAACUGGUUGCGCUGCUGGAAGUCCAAAUUAUUCCCAAGUCAAAACAUUGUGUUUUUAGGAUUUCAAAAUGCUGAUCGCUGGAUGGUUUGAUUAGAAUCACAAUGUUAUUGCAAAGCAUUGCAGUCCAGCUGGUCUGGUUCGGAUUGAUACUUGCAGUUCCUUUAAAUGAUCGCUAUGAGGGUGAUCGCUGCAAGCUGGUUGACGGAUCGAGCGAUGGCAUCUGUCGGCACCAUUCGGCGUGUCCGUACCUGAAGACAGUUCCCAACAAGGACUGGGUUACGUGCUCCUUCGAUAAAGAUCAACCGAUCGUAUGCUGCCGCGAGGAACAGGCAGUGCCGUUUCGUACUGUGACCCAGGUGCGGGUUGCUGCAAAAAGUGAGCUCAAAUGUGCAGGAUUUUCGGAAUCAUCGGACAUCAACGAGCACAUCUGGAAUGGUGUCGAGGCGGCUCCGGACGAGUUUCCUCAUGUGGCUGCUCUGGGAUAUCCGGCCAAAAACGAAGAAACUCUCUUCCGUUGUGGUGCCAGUCUCAUUUCCAGUCAGUACUUGCUGACAGCAGCCCACUGUCUAAUUCCGGAAAGACCGACAUUCGCCCGCCUUGGGGUGACGCAUCUGUUCGAAUAUAACGAAAAUGAUCCUCCCGUUGAUGUGGCUAUCAAAAAUGUAGUCAUACAUCCAAAGUAUACCGCUCGGCCGUUGACGAAUGACAUUGCCCUGCUGGAAUUGAAUCGGACGAUAAAUGAAGCAUUUCUCAUCCCGGCAUGUCUCUAUACCAACGCGACCGAUCCACCGACGAAUGUCUCCCUAUCAAUCGAAGGCUGGGGUAGUACGGAUCCGAACGAUAUCGGAAUAUCACCAGUGCUGUUGAAGGCAAACGUAACUUCGUUGGAUCGAGGUGCUUGCAACGACACUCUGUCCAAGGACAAAUCACGUCGCAGUGCCGGUGAACUGCAAAAUACCCAGUUGUGUGCUCUGGGACGAAAUGCCCAGAAUGAAACCGUUGGUGAUACCUGUGUGGGCGAUUCCGGGGGGCCACUGGAACUGAUUCAGGCCCGCAGACGGUACAUCGUAGGUGUGACAUCCAAUGGGAAGCUGUGCGGCUCGAGUUGGCCCGGCAUCUACACCCGAGUUUCGCAUUACCUGGACUGGAUCGAGUCGAUCGUUUGGCCUGGCUAGAUCCAGGAGCAAAGAUAGGGUAUAGUGAGUGACAAUAAAGAUUGGAAGAAAAUCAA